AAAACGAAAAACAACAAAGAACUCAAUUUAAAAAAACAAUGAAAGAAAAAAUAGUAGAGACGUGUAAAACGAAGUCAAGCCGUGUCGUUUGCCAUUGAAAUAGCUUCCUUCUCACACUCACUGUAUGUUAGUUACUCGGUUGUUUGUUUCCGUUGUUGCAUCAUCCACCACCGCUUUCAAAUUAAAUUAAAUAAUUAUCCAAAAAGCAAAACUCAAAUAUAAAUAGGAAACUGCAGUUGAAUCGAGUUUGAAAACGGUGCAGUGGAUCCAUUUCUCUCAAUUUCUCCUUCUGAAUCUUCAUCAUCUUCUUCAUCGUGAUUGAUCAUGGAUCUGAGAAUUCUGUUGAUUCUGCUACUAGCAGUUGAAAUCUUCUGCGUUGUUGCGAAUGCGAAUUUGGUGUUCCCGGUGCAGCGCCGGCAAGCUAGCUUAACCGGAAUCAAAGCUCACGACUCUAGCCGCCGUGGUCGAAUUCUCUCCGCCGUCGAUUUCAACCUUGGCGGCAAUGGUCUUCCAACUGUAACCGGGCUGUAUUUCACAAAAAUUGGACUUGGUUCACCUUCAAAGGACUACUAUGUGCAAGUUGAUACAGGGAGUGACAUUCUAUGGGUGAAUUGUGUUGAAUGCACUAGAUGCCCCAGGAAAAGCGAUAUCGGAAUUGGCUUGACUCUCUAUGACCCAAAGCGAUCCAAAACUUCGGAGUUUGUUUCCUGUGAGCAUAAUUUUUGCUCUUCGACGUAUGAAGGUCGGAUUCUGGGUUGCAAGGCUGAAAAUCCCUGCCCGUACAGCAUAUCUUAUGGAGAUGGAAGUGCGACGACUGGAUACUAUGUUCAGGAUUAUCUUACUUUUAACCGUGUCAAUGGCAAUCUCCAUACCGCGACUCAAAAUAGCAGCAUCAUUUUUGGGUGUGGCGCUGCACAAUCUGGGACAUUAGCUUCAUCUUCUGAAGAAGCCCUUGAUGGAAUAAUUGGAUUUGGGCAAGCAAAUUCUUCUGUGCUUUCACAGCUUGCUGCAUCUGGAAAGGUGAAAAAAAUAUUUUCACACUGCCUUGACACUAAUGUUGGUGGUGGAAUAUUUUCCAUAGGGGAAGUGGUGGAACCAAAAGUCAAAACAACUCCAUUGGUACCAAAUAUGGCACACUACAAUGUGAUUUUGAAGAAUAUUGAGGUUGAUGGAGAUAUUCUACAGCUUCCGUCAGAUACAUUUGAUUCUGAAAAUGGGAAGGGGACAGUAAUAGAUAGUGGGACAACCUUGGCUUAUCUUCCUAGAAUAGUUUAUGACCAACUAAUGUCCAAGGUUUUGGCCAAGCAACCUCGACUGAAAGUAUAUCUUGUUGAGGAACAAUAUAGCUGUUUUCAGUAUACUGGAAAUGUUGAUAGCGGAUUUCCAAUUGUGAAGCUUCAUUUUGAGGAUUCUCUUUCUCUGACAGUUUAUCCUCACGACUACCUGUUCAAUUAUAAGGGGGAUAGUUACUGGUGUAUUGGCUGGCAGAAAAGUGCUUCAGAAACUAAGAAUGGAAAGGACAUGACCCUUCUUGGAGAUUUCGUGCUCUCAAACAAACUAGUCGUAUAUGACCUUGAAAAUAUGACCAUUGGAUGGACGGACUACAAUUGCUCUUCCAGCAUUAAAGUGAAGGAUGAAAAGACUGGAAUCGUACAUACAGUGGGUGCACACAAGAUUUCUUCAUCUUCUACCUAUAUAGUUGGUAGAAUAUUGACAUUCUUUUUGUUGAUAAGUGCAAUGCUGAACAGUGUAAUUAACUAAGUGUUGAAAAAUGAUAUGAGGGCUUUUAGGCCCUCCACAUUAGAAAAAAGAAAUAUAUGAGUUAUGAAAUUCAUUUGAUUUUGUUGUA